GGCUCCACACAGGUCCGUACCAAUAUACAUGUAGCUGUAACUGAUCAGGAAGUGGCAGUAACCAAUCACAGGGUUCCGUGUGGACUAAACGCAGAGCGGAACGAUGUUGUGUGACCAGAUAGGCUAGUGAUCCAGCAUUGGUGUGAAAGUGAAACUGGUGUUCUUUAUGUAAACGAUAUAUGGAUAUGCCUCAAUGUCUGUCCUUACUCUUUUAUUACCGCUCUGACACUGGAACUAACUACAUAUCACGGGCAAUUAAGAAUGAUGGCACAAUCGAAUGAUUUUCAACGAUUGGAAAAGAGAGAUUUUUCAAGAAAGAAACUCAAAAACCUACCAAAGGAGGUUCUCACUCUUGGUACUGAUGUGCUGUACCUGAUCCUAAAGAAUAACAGACUGAAACAUGUGCGUGGGAUCUCAGCAUUGCGUAACCUGAAAGAGCUCAACCUGUCUGCCAAUGAGCUUUUAGAGUUUCCACAGGAGAUCGCGCAGCUUAAGAACUUGGAGAAACUGUACUUGAGCCAAAAUGGCAUCACACAAAUCCCAGAGGGUGUAUUUUCCCAGCUGGAGAAGCUGCAAUUUCUCAAACUGAGUACCAACCACUUGAAAGAGCUCCCCUCAGACCUAGGAAAUUGUAAGAGCCUUCAGUAUCUCAACCUCUCCAACAACUACCUGAAGGAUGUGAAGGUACUGGAGGCACUGUGCAGCCUGGAGGAGCUCUAUGUGAAAAGCAAUAAGCUGACAGAGCUGCCAGCCGAUCUGUUUUUUAACCCGGACCUGACAAAGUUUAAGGCUGAUGGUAACCCACUCCGGAAGCCACCGGAAGAGGUGUGCGCUGGUGGGGUGAAGAGCAUACAGCAUUACUUUAUUAUGUUGGGGAGCAGCGAGCAGUGCGUGCGCAGAGUCAAGACCAUGUUCCUGGGCUCCUCUAUGGCUGGCAAGUCUACAAUAUGCUACAGCCUGAGGAAGGGCUCACCUGUGCUGGUGGAUAUUGCUGACCGCACUGUGGGUAUCGAAAUCAGCGAGAAGCAGUUGGGAGGUUUUUCUUUUCUUUUCUGGGACUUUGCUGGACAGGAGGAGUAUUACUUCACCCACCAUGUCUUCAUCACACCUCAGGCACUUGUCAUCCUUGCCAUUAAUCUCGCCAGCUAUGAUGUUCUGGAUCCCCAGUCUUUCAGAGACAGUGUGAGCUUCUGGAUCAAAAAUGUGCAGCUGAGAGUUCCUGAUGCUGUGGUGUUGGUUGUGGGGACCCACUCUGAUGAGUGCAGGGAUGAGGUCGAUGUGCAGGAAAAGAAGGAAGACAUUGACAGAAAGAUCAGAGACAUGCUGGAGGAACGAAAAGCAAACCUAGAGAGAUGGAAGAAAAACCUUGAGGAGGACCAGAAAGACACGGCAGAGUUCUCUAAUCAGCUAAGAUAUCUUUGGCAAUGCACUGAACACAAACUACAGGUCCUUGACCUUCUACCCAUGGACUGCACUAAUCCUGAGGAAAUUGAGAAGUUUAAAGAAUACAUUCUGCAGCAGGUGCAGAAUAGUGACCUGUUUCCCAAUAUAGAGAAGAUAUUGCCACAAUUAUAUCAAGAAGUAGAGUCAUCUAUCAAAGCGCUAAAAGAGGACAAGGACAUUCCUGAACAUGGGGUUAUGUUGUUUGAGGAAAUUCUAAACGAGCUGAACGAAAAAUUGGGGGAAUUGGACCAGGAAGACCUACAGCCCAUUUUACGGUACCUCCACCGGAUUGGGAUAAUAGUGUGGUAUGAGGAGAUUGCUGAUUUGAAGGAAACAGUUUUUGUAGAGCCAUCUUUCCUCAUAAAACUAUUCAAGACCGUUGUCAGACAUGACCUGAUGAAUCAGCUGCAGAGCAUCUCCAAGAAGGAGCUUAUGGAGGAGAAAUCUCUCAGGGUACACCAGGACAGAUGGAUCAAUGACUUGGUGGGGAAAGCCACCCUGCACAAUACAGCCAUACGAGUUCUCUUGCGGAAGUCCUUGAAGGAGCUGGAGAUAGAUGAUGAGGAUUUCUUGAAUGAGAUUGUUGGGAACCGGAGCAGUGACGGAAUGUUCCUUGGCCUUUUGCGACAGUUUGAAAUUUGUCUGCCCACCCAACUGAACAGCCCCCUGAACCCCCAAGCCCCUGACUUUGUCCCAAAUACGAAGUGGGAGCCCUCAAACACUUCUGUGUACAAUGUCAAUGGUGCCUGCUUGUUCCCAAGCCACCGGAUGGACAAUGAUGUCGUGCUGAGGUAUUGGGGUGAAGACAUGAAUGACAACAUUCAGGUUCAGGUCUAUUUCCUCCCUGAGAUACCACACGGCUUCUUCCACAGGCUUAUCAUUAAGAGCUGUUCCCUUUACCCUGUUCACUGGGUGGGGAAAGACCACUGCCUGGUUAGUACUGGUCCCACACUGGUACUGUUCAGAGAAAAGUGUCUAAGAGAUGAUCAGCUGAUUGAGAUUCGCUGCAAGAGACAAUAUCGAUCUGCGAACGUCAGCACAGCUGGCGGUGAGUUGCGCCCGUCCUGGGACAUGAUCCUGGCGAUCCUUCGGAAGCUGGUGGAGCUGACACAGCAGUGGCCGGGUCUGUGCCUGUAUGUGUGCAGCCCCUGUACAGUGGUUGACUGCGAUGAUCACUUUGCCUGGCCCGACUGGAAGGAGCUGAACGGACAUGACCUUUAUAAUAUCCAGAAGGAUGACAAAAUGCUUUGCAGCAAUGGGCAUACACACCGGACAGAGCUGCUAUUCCCAAAAGCAUCAAGGACACAUUCAAAGGCUGAUGAUAAAUGAGAAGCUGAUGUACGCCAUCUUGGCAGACACUUCUCAGCAGCAGCUGUGGACUUUUUCUUGUUUAGCUCUCCCCAUGCCCCCUCAAAAAGGUCAAUCGAAUUAUCCAAUCAAAGAAAAAGCAGGACAAAGGACUGUCAAAUGAUCAAAAUUGUGAAGUUUAUCUACCAUCAAAGACACUACAUUUGAACAUAAAGGUGAUCAUUGUUUUUCUAAUAUUCUUGUAGAGGCUAAUGAAUUAUGACAGUUUAGGUUAAAUAGCAUUGUAAGCUAUUUAGCUAUCUAUGCACAAUGUUGAAUAUGGUUGAUAAUACAAACCAGAAAUGAUAUCUGUACCACAGUAGCACUUAGGCUGAUGGGUGUAUUAGUGUAAGGUCAGUGUCCAUAAAAACAAAGAGAAUGCUCGCAAUCCAAACAGGGGCAAAUGCAAAAAUUGAGAGAGUGAAAAAGAAAAAUGCAAUAAACAAUUUGGUUAACCCCAGUCACACACGCCCCCACGUGGACUUGCCGUGUAUGACAGCAAUCAGCUCAGACGUUCAGUGUUUCUACAACCAAACUAUGAGAGGAAGCGACAAACUGUUCCGGUUUCAUUAGUAAGCAAAAAAUGACAACUAAAUCAAGUUUCUCACCAGUUAACAAGCACCCCAUGCCCAGAGUCAACUGUAAAUAACAUGACACAUUGGAUAAUGCAAAGUUUUAGUUUAUAUUUAUAUUUAGUCAUAAAGUAUAUUUUAAUUGUGCUACUGUAGGUCCCUCAUGUAACCUGAACUGCACAUAAAGAAUGUAAUUUUUUUGUUUUGUUCAUUUUCAAUAUACCAUCUUGUUCACUUGUUUAUAGUUCAAUCACAGAGACUCCGGAAUUAAAGUCUAAGAGAUUUAAUGAUACAAUUAGGUUUUUUGUAUGGAGCCACUAGCUGGUGGUGGUGGUGGGGAGGUGGUUGGUGAUGCCGGUGUCUGAAGUGCAGAUAAUGGGCAUUUUUAUACUCUAUGUCAGAAGUCACCAACCCUGGUCCUGGAGAGCUACUGGGUCUGCUGGUUUUCGCUGUUACUCUGCACUUAAUUAAUCAAUUAGAGCAGAUGAUUACACAGUUAACUCACCUCACCUCGUUACCUGGGUCUCAACAGGGUGCUGAUUUUAAGGUGAAAACAAAAACCAGCAGACCCAGUAGCCCUCCAGGACCAGGGUUGGUGACCUUUGCUCUAUGUAAAUGCUGAUGAUUGGCUGAUUGAGCAAUGUACUGCCAUCCUACAUGUCUGUGAUUAAACUUUCAUCUCACUUC